AUGUAUGAUGAUAAUGAUAAUGAUGAUGAUGACGACGACGACGAUGAUAAUGAUGUUGAUAAUGAUGAUGAUGAUGAUGAUGAUGAUGAUGAUGAUGAUGAUGAUGAUGAUGAUGAUGAUGAUGAUGAUGAUGAUGAUGAUGAUGAUGAUGAUGAUGAUGAUGAUGAUGAUGAUGAUGAUGAUGAUGAUGAUGAUGAUGAUGAUGAUGAUGAUGAUGAUGAUGAUGAUGAUGAUGAUGAUGAUGAUGAUGAUGAUGAUGAUGAUGAUGAUGAUGAUGAUGAUGAUGAUGAUGAUGAUGAUGAUGAUGAUGAUGAUGAUGAUGAUGAUGAUGAUGAUGAUGAUGAUGAUGAUGAUGAUGAUGAUGAUGAUGAUGAUGAUGAUGAUGAUGAUGAUGAUGAUGAUGAUGAUGAUGAUGAUGAUGAUGAUGAUGAUGAUAUGAUGAUGAUAUGA